AAUCCAAUCUUUUUCGUCCACCAAGCAAACACUUCCUCUUCCUCCACCAACAAAAUCCAAAGCCUUUCCCUUUUCGUUCUCAAUCAUCGAAGCCGCCGUUCCGGGCGAGGAAUCGCCGGCGACGCACAUGACCCGGUCCACCUACGCCAACCCGGAUCCAAACAACGAAGACCAGACCCGCAAGGCAUCAUCCAGUACAGGCAUGAAGCUCAUUGUCCCCUUACAAGGCGUAGUUCAAGGGAGGGGCGGCCUAAUCCUGGGCUCACUCAUUCCUUGCGCUCUCUUCUACUUUCUGCAGUUCUACAAUAAACGACACCGUUCGCCUCGCCCUUCUUGCGGUUCCAAUCCUCUCACGCCCUCCACCUCAUCCCCCAACCUGGCCGAGCUACCCCGGACGUCUUCGCGCCUAAAUUUGUCCUCUCGUGGCUCCAUUGGGCGGGCCCACCUCUCAUCUAGGGCUAGCUCUAUUGCGAAGCCGAAUGAUUCUCCUUACUACAUUGGAAUGGAUAGGUUCCGAGACGACCCGUACGAUGAAUUGAAUAACCCGGAAGGGAUUAUGCACCUGGGAUUAGCUGAAAAUAGGUUAUCGCUGGAUUUGAUAGAGAAGUGGCUUUCAAAUAACUUGAACGGUUCUGCACUUGAAAGCCUUGGUGGUGGGUUGAAUAUUUCCGGAAUUGCUGCCUACCAGCCUUUUGAUGGAUUAAUGGAGCUGAAAGUGGCCAUGGCAGGUUUCAUGUCUGAGGUCAUGGGAAGAGCAGUUUCUUAUAAUCCAUCACAAAUGGUAUUAACUUCUGGUGCAACUCCUGCCGUUGAGAUACUGUCCUUUUGCUUAGCUGACCAGGGGAGUGCAUUUCUUAUUCCAACACCAUAUUACCCUGGGUUUGAUAGGGAUAUUAGAUGGCGAACUGGUAUAGAGUUAAUUCCUGUACACUGUCGUAGCUCUGAUGACUUCAUGCUGAGUAUGACAGCUAUGGAUCAAGCAUUUAACCAGGCUAGAAAGCGUGGGCAAAAAGUUCGUGGAAUACUCAUUUCCAACCCUUCCAACCCUGUUGGAAACCUGCUGACUAGAGAAGUGCUAUACGAUCUCUUAGAUUUUGCUAGAGAGAAAAACAUCCAUAUAAUCUCAGAUGAAAUAUUUGCUGGUUCUAAUUAUGGCGAUGAAGAGUUUGUAAGCAUGGCAGAAAUUCUAGACUUGGAAGAUUCUGACAGGGAAAGGGUUCAUAUAAUUUAUGGGCUGUCUAAAGACCUUAGUCUUCCAGGCUUCAGGGUUGGGGUAAUAUAUUCCUUCAAUGAGAAUGUUUUGGCUGCUUCAAGAAAGUUAACAAGAUUUUCAUCAGUUUCAGCUCCUACACAGAGGUUGCUAGUUUCAAUGCUUUCAGACACUAGAUUUAUUCGGGAUUUCCUCGAGGAAAAUAGAGAGAGAUUGCGGAGAAUGCAUGCCUUAUUUGUCACAGGUCUAAAUCAACUAGGAAUUGAAUGUACGAAGAGCAAUGCAGGUUUGUAUUGCUGGGUGAACAUGAGUAGAUUAAUCAACCCUUACAAUGAGAAGGGAGAGCUUGAGUUAUGGGAUAAACUCUUAACUGUAGCUAAGAUAAAUGUAACUCCUGGAUCAGCCUGCCAUUGUAUUGAACCUGGAUGGUUCAGGUGUUGCUUUGCAACUUUACAAGAGAAGGAUGUUCCUUUAGUUGUUGAAAGGAUAAAACGAGUUGUUGAAAGCUGUAAACCUCCUGCUUGAAGUGUUUUAGAGUUUUUAAUUAAUAUCAUUUUGCCUACUUGCC